AUGUCGCGGCGGCGCCAGCGUGGGCGCGUGGUUACGGCCCUCGCUGGUGUAGUCCUGCUGCUGCUGCUGCUGGCGGUGGCGGUGUGCAACAGCAGCGCCGUCGCGCGGGGCCCCGGCAGGGGCGCGGAGGAGGCGGGCGCGGCGGGCCCCGAGGUAGCGGGGGCGGUUCAAAUCUUCCUACGCGUCCCUUCUCCCGUCUUUGCCCCGCGACUGGUAGGCGAGCGGCUGCUGCGCGAGUACGAGCGGCAGCAGCGGCGGCGCCGGCGGGGUGAGGAGCUGCAGGGCAGCGACAACACGAACCCCGUCGGCGCGGAGGAGGUUGCGCGGGCGCGGCGGAAUGUGGUGUCGAUGCUGCCUGCGGACGACGGCGCCCGCCCCGACACCUUCCCGCUGCGCGCCCUCACCGCCGACUACCUGCGGGAGGUGGGGGAGCUGCUGCUGGCGCACCUCGGCAACUUCAUUGCGGCCGCCACGCACGACACCGCCCCCGUCGUUGUGGACUACGGCUGCCGCAUCGGAGUCGCACUCGCGCGGCGCCACCCGCGCAGCACGGUGCUUUGCGUCUACCACCCCGACGACGCGGCGCGCGGCUUCCCGCUGGAAGCAGCCCCACCCCUGCCCAACCUCAUCCGCGUGGUCGCGCGCGACGGGUUUUUGGGCGGCUUUGCGCCAUUUUUCACCUCCUGCAACUUUGUUAGUGUGUCGACGAUUGCCUUGCCGCUCGCACCGCUCCUGCAGGCCGGGGAGACGGGCGACGGGCUCGUGCAGCUUGUCGCGCACGCCCUGCACAACAGCGGUGCCGUCCUGGCAGCUCUCCCGCAGCUGAGCUGCGACGCGCUGCGGCGGCAGUGGCUGCGUUGUGUCCCCCGUCCCGUGCAGCUGAACGCAGACGCCCUGCGCGAGCUGCAGGUGAACGCCGUGGUGGACUGCGACGUCGUGGCGGAGUUUGUCGUGCGGCGCCCGCAGCCUCGUCGUGGUCUCAGGGGCGUGAGUGCUGGCCCCGACAACGACGCAGGCGGCCGUGCCCGGCUACGGCUGUUUCGGCUCACCGUGAGACGCUCGUCGCGUGUCUGCCGCAAGACGUGGGAUGCCCCGCUUGUGCAGUGGGGGCGCGCGGUGGUCUGCGCCUACAACAACAGUCAGGUGGGCUACCGCGUGGUCCAACUGGCGCGCUCCAACGCCACGCGGACGGCGGACCGCGUGAUUCAUCCCCUGCAGUACAUUCCCUCAGUGAGCGUUGACAGCCUGCUCGGGAUGGGCAUCUCCCACUACGAGCGCCUGCGGCUGCUGGGCGGCAUGAUCGCCACGCCGCGCUACAGCGAUCCCCUGCCACACAACUGGAUGGUGGGCAACGAGCACGGCAACGCGAGCGGUGGAAGCGUGUUUCGCAUCGACAAGGUCGACCGGCGGUUUGAUGCCAUGGUGGCGGAGGAGCGCAAUUAUUGGGGCCGUGCCACCCGCGGCUACUUGCAUCUCCUUGCCUACCACCUCUGUCUCCCGCUUAGCGGCAGCGGCACACCCGCCGUGUUUGGCGCCCUGGACACCGCCAGCCGUCAGGCGUGUCGCGCCUGCGUCGAGACCUGCUCCUACCUGCCGAAGGGCACGACGCCGUGCUCAGCGUGCCGCCUCUGCGGCGCAGCGGUGGUGAACUACGCGGCGGGGAACACCACGUUGGAUGGACACCCGCGUCACAUGCACCGUCCCGCACAGGUGGAGCGGCCGUGCGCGCGCAGCUACAGGAGCUACCACGACGCCCAGGCCGUCUGGGAGAAGUGGCGCCGCGAGGAUAACCGCCACGCUAUCGAACUCUGA